AUCAUAGUAUCGUUCCUCUCACCUGGAGUAUCUUUACAUCAGUCUUCUCCGUCUAUUUGAUCAAGUCUUCUUAUACACAACUUCGACCAUAAUCAACCUUCAACGACAUCAACCAAAAUGGCAUCCAGCAACCCAGCCAACUUUGCCAACCUUCCCAAGGAUGAGCUCAAGGAGAUCGCAGCCAAGGGCGGCCACGCUUCUCAUGGCGCUCACCACGAGUCUACCAACACCCAGCGCCCAGACCGUAACCCAGACGGCACCUUCACCAAGGGCUCUGAGCUCGCAAAGGAGCUAGGUGCACAGGGAGGCCAUGCUGCUCACCACCACCAAGAUACCACCAGCGGUGCUAGCAACGACAGCGGUCGCAACCCCGAUGGCACCUUCAAGGCCGGAAGCCAGCUUGCUCAUGACCUCGGUGUCAAGGGCGGCCAUGCGUCUCACGAGCGCGGUCACCAGGGUCAGAGUGGAAGUGCUGAAGACAACGGUCGUAACCCCGACGGUACCUUCAAGGCCGGCAGCCAGCUCGCACACGACUUGGGUGUGCAGGGUGGACAUGCUACGCACUCUCACCAGCAGUAAGCCACGAGCAGCGCUGGACUAGAUCUAGCAAGCAGGGCUUUGCCGAUGGACAAGAGAUAGUAACGACAUAACGAUUCAAUGAAGAAUAUAACGGGGUGCAGCCUGAUUUGCGCUGUCAUCUCAAAAUCUUUGACCCAAAAUGAAACAUUGUUGAUUUGUAUCAUAGUGUACGUUGUGCAAUCACUAUUCCACAUAUAUCCAUAGGACGUUGAGAACAAG